AUGUAUAGUUCUGUUGUACAAUGAUUCGUAGCCUUCUUGUUUAUUGGAGUGAAUGCUUUUACUUCUAUUAAUUUGCCGAUUUAAAAGAUGGCGACAACAGAUGGGGAUAUUUCUGGGUUAGAAUUUGAACCGGAAGUACUUACCAAAGAUGACCUCCAAUCACUAAACACGUAUGAUGGUAUUACUUUUCCUCCAGCAGUCAGAGUCGAAGCCCUCAAGGAAAUCAGAAGUUUCCAGAUUCGACAAGAUGAUGUCUUUAUCGUUACUUAUCCAAAGAGUGGUACGCACUGGAUGAACGAGAUAGUCAAUUUUCUGCUUGCUGAUGGAGACGCUGAGAGAGUCAAUAGACGUUCAUCAAUCGUCCAUAUCGAAUUCGCUCUCAUCCAUGACGUCGGGAAGGAGAGAUCAAAAUAUUCUUACAUGUAUAAGCUGUUGAAAAAUAUUGAAUCUCGACGGAUUAUUACAAGUCAUCUGCGGUACAGAUUCCUUCCAAAACAGGUCGAUGAGAAAAAGACGAAGAUCAUCUACGUCGCACGGAACCCAAAGGAUGUGUUCACAUCAUGGUUUCAUUUCUUGAAGAAUGAUCCUCGCUAUGGGCACCUCCCUUGGGAAACGUACUUCAACGGUGCUUUAUCAGGGGAAUAUAUGUUCGGGUCAUGGUUUGAUCACGUCUUGGAAUUCUGGAAAAUGCGAGAGGAAGAAAACGUUCUUUUCUUGAAAUAUGAAGACCUCAAAUCGAACGUUCGAGAGACAGUGGCUUCCAUUGCUAACCAUCUCAAUCUAACCCCUACUGAUGACGUCAUCGAUAGAGUGGUUCAAAGUACCAGCUUAGAUGAAAUGAAGAAGAGGUACAAACGGAUGGAAACAGACAGCCAGGAUCCUGUUAAAAUUCACUAUGGCAAAAGUUAUGGUAUAAACAGUUACGUCAGAAAAGGAAAGAUUGGAGAUUGGAAGAAUCUUUUCACAGUGGCGCAGACCGAGGAAUUUGACCGAGUAUUCCAGGAAAAAAUGAAGGAUAGUGGAUUAUCAUUCGUAUUCCAGUAAUACACGUGGUCUACAUUAAACUACGAUCGUAAAAUCUGUCGGAUUAACUCACCGUUAAAAAAACCCAAAUUAUUAUGUACCCCUUAAAUCCUUCAUAAUCUUAAUUUCUGAUAAAGUCAAAAUUGCUUCAUCGUUAAUUGAUUAUAUGUCUACUAAAAGGAUAUGAGCGGCGAUUUUGUAAGAUUUGUUUUUUUUUAAUCCCUUAAGGGGAAGGGGGUGGUGAAGUCCCUCUUUCAAUAUAUGGAGGGACACAACCCCAACCCCUAAAUUGAUUUAUAAAAAUAUAAUAUUGAAGAGUGCACACUUUUCAAGCAAAGGGGAAUAAUUCGAAAAUUCAACUUUUGUGGCAGAAAUGAGUCCCUCUGAUUUAUUUACAAGAUUAAAAAACGGCUUGUUUAUUUUCUGUUUUCCAGUUGGAUGAUACAUGGAAGAAAUUUUAUUUGCAAAAUACAGGGACAGUACAACGUCAACAACAACAAAAAAUGUUUGGACACUUUAUAACAUGUUGUUAUUGUAAAAAACCGGGCAUGGUGGCUCAGUGGUAGAGCGUCCGCCUCAUGAACGGGAGGUCGUGGGUUCGAUCCCCGGUCGAGUCAAACCAAAGACUUAUAAAAAUGGGACAUUCUGCCUUCUUGCUUGGCGCUCAGCAUUUAGACUGGAGAGAGGGGUAAUAAUAACAUGUUAUGCUAUGCAGGGCCCGCUGGAAGAGCAGUCUGACUUAUGAUUAAAGUGGCCCUGGGUAAAUAAAACAUUAUUAUUAUUAUUGUCUUCUCUCAAAUCAAAUAUACAAUAACAGUAUAAAUAUCAUAAGCAAAUCACACAAUCGCUGAAAGAAGUAUUUCAGAUUUAUGCAAUUGCACAGUGAUCAAAUUAUACAAUAUUGUACAGUGGUCGUUAAGAAUAAAAAAUAUAUAAAAUAAUAAUGACAAUGAAGAACAUACAGAUUAAAAUUCAUAAAAAUCUAAAUGAUAAGAGAGAAAAUACAAAGAUAAAAAUGAAGGUAGAGUACCUCCACCAACCCCUCGAUGAUUAUUUCGAUCGAUUGAAAUUAUGACAUUACGUGGUCACGUGUAUGCUCAAUACAUUUUUUUGUCAUUGUAAUAUUCCAAGUUUGAUUUUAAAAGUUUUAACAAGCAUGAUGGUAUUAUUUUAAACAUUUUUGAUAAAACAUUAUCAAAUCGUACAUACAGAAAUAGACUAUACUAACAAUAUCCCUCUCACCGACUAGUGUAUAAACUAAUUUUGUUACGAAAAACUUUAAGGGUGUAAUAGCAUCAAGUUUGAAAUUUUUAUUUGCAUCAAAUUGCGUAAGUGACAGAAGAUAACAACAGGUGUAAAACGCCAUUUGAUUGUUUUAUAGAGCUGUUUAUUGUAUUAAUUUUACAGAAGGUGUUUAAAAGUUUAAACAACCAUGCUUAAUCAAUUGAAAUUUAAAUUUUCUAAAUUAAAAUCUGUCGUUUAAACUUGUUGAAAUUGUUAAACGUUGUAUAAAAAUUUGAACACCAUUUUCACUGUAGCUUAUGAACUUUUGUAUCAUCUUGACUGUGUUAAUAUUUUGAUAUUAAUGUAAAAUUGAUAGGCCACUUCCACCAGUGAAUUAGUGCAAGUAUAAACUAAAAUUCAAACAGAAUUAUAUUGCUUGACAUUUUGUAUUGCGUUUGCAUGUUUCCUAUACGUUAACUGGUUAUUACCAUUGUGUUUAAAUAGAUUUUGUAUUUCGUUUGCUGCAAAUGAGAGAGAGAUAAUAAAUAAAAAAUCUUCGUUUACUAACAAUGC